GGAGGAGGAGGAUUAUGAUUUGGAUGAUGAAUUGGUGCCGAAGAGUGUGAGCGAUCGAUUUGGGAGGCAGAGGAUGAGGAAAUUGGGGAAAAGGGCGUAUCCGAAGAUGAACAAGUCGAAGAGAUUGCCGUACUACUACAGUCGCCCUGGUUGCGUCCAUGGAAAGCAUGGCCUGGGUUUGCAGAACAUCAUCGUCUAGGAAGAACUAGGGUUAAUUGAAGCCAAUUAUGAUCGAACAAUGGUGAUUCGGUACUGUGAAUAAGUCUGAUCUGAUUUCUAGGUCUGUAUAGCUAUUCUAUUAGUUUAGUUCAAAUCUGGGAUUAUAUUUUUUCUUUGCUGUAUGUCUGCCGUUGUCUCUGUUUCUUGUUACUUAUUUUAUAUAAUUCUGAUCCGUCUGAAUUUGGUUCUUGAUUUUAUAUGAAUUUAUUUCUAAUGUGGUUAA